UCUAAGUAAACCAAACACCAACAGUCUUUGGUAUUAUUACAAUCUAUUCUUUACACAAACAACUCCAACCAACCACCUUCAAGAUGAAAUACUUGGUAUUUGCCCUCGUUGCUCUCUUCGCCAUCACCUCUGCCUACGCUAACUUGAUCGGUGGCGGUAUUUUGGCUCCAGGACUUGUUGCUACCCCCGGAGUAGCUGUAGGAGUUGCACCAGGUGGAGUUUUGGUAGGAAAUGGUGCUUUGCUUGGAAAAGGAGUUGUUGGACUUGGACACGGUGCUAUCCUUGGUUAAAUUCAAGACUGAAUCAACAGCAAGUUUUAUUUGGUUUUCACUGUCAGGCUCAAUCAAAUUAUAGACACAUUUGGUAAAUUCUAAUUAUUUGACUAAUUAAAUUGAUACACCUAAAUUUGUUUUUUUUUUUCGAUAAUUAAGUCUAUGACACUACGACAAUUUUUCUGAGGACUAUCUAAUUGAGAGGAUAAUAGGAUACUCUGAUUUAAGGAAAUUCUGUAAAAAUAUAGCUAUUCUUAGAGCUAUAUGAGUCCAGUUGAUAUUGACUUUGCUCAACCCUUAUACAUCUGAAUCAUCAGGUCUACUAUUUAUGAAACAGAUUAGAGGUGAAGACAGAUGGUAGCAAUUCCAUGUCUCAGGUUAUUCUGCAGUAACUAAUCGGUUGAUGGAUACCAGAACUCCUCUAAGACCUUUGACAAUUAAGGUACCUGCAGGUAAUAAGGCCUAUAUUCAAAAAAACCGCUUUAAAUUAAUCGCAAAUCGAUUGCGUUGGGUCCGCGGCUCCUAUUGGUCCAUUUACAAACGACAUUCGAACGGACUACCCGCGUUCCUCGCUUUCGGGCGUCAGUAAGUUAAAACAACUUGUGUCGACGGGUCGCCGCGUGUGAUAUUAUAAGGAUACAACGAACAAAAACUGAUUUUUAACAUCAUGCCUCCUAAAAGGGCACCUUGGUGCUAGGAGGAUUUAAUAUCAGCAUCUGUUUAACGCGGUACUCUGAGUACAUAUGGGGCUGCGGCAAGGUUUAAUAUUCCCAGAAGAACCAUUAGAAAUCAUGUUCAGAAUGGAAUCUUAAUAAAAAGACUAGGUCGUAAGUAAAUCUAUUUUAAAAGAAGAACAAGAAGCUGAUCUCGUUAAAAGAAUAAUAAGAUUUAGUGAAAUAGGUCUACCUGUGACUCCACGGAUCUUUCGUCGAUUGGUAUUCAGAUUCUGCGAAGAUAAUAAAAUUGCUCAUCAAUUUAAUACAACUUCAAAACUUGCUGGUAAAUACUGACUAAAGGCUUUUAUGAAGAGAAAUCCUGUAAUUUCUAAAAGAAAAGCACAGUUUAUGAACCAGCUAGAGCUCAAAAACUUAAUAAAUUUAUAGUUGAUGAUCAUUUUUCAAAAAUAGGGAAAAUGUAUGAUGAUCUUGAUAUAAUUAAUCACCCUGAAAGACUUUAUAAUAUGGAUGAAAAAGGAUGCCGCUUGACAACCUAUUCACCACCAGCCAACCGUUUUAGCUAAGAAAGGGGUAAAACGUGUUCAAUCGUCAGAACAUGCAGAGAGUGUGACAAUUGCAGGAUGUGUCAAUGCCCUUGGAAUACCAAUACCUCCUAUGAUUAUUUUUAAAGGAAAGAGGCUAAAGCCAGAAUUACAUGAUAAUUUGCCACCAGGAACUCUAGUGGAAAAAUCAAGUAAAGGCUACAUGACUAACGAACUUUUUAAAGAAUUCCUCAAGCACUUAGCCCGAUACAAAAGUCUAGGAAGGUGCCUCUUAGUUUUUGAUGAUGCAGCUAUUCAUCUUGAUUUGUCAAUUGUUGAUGUUGGAGACUCACUUGAUAUAGAUCUCUACUGUUUGCCAUCGAAUACAACACAUGAGCUUCAACCCCUCGACAAAUCUGUAUAUCGUUCAUUUGAGCACCCUUGGGAUAAUGAGGUAUUAUUAUUCUUGGAUCAGAAUCCUAACAAAAAGCUGACCAAAUCACGUUUUAACAUCAUACUUUCAAAUGUUUGGUCUAAAUGCAUGGCACAUAGUAACAUUAUAAACGUUUUUAAGGCUACUGGUCUAUUUCCAUUAAAUCCCGAGGCAAUUCCAGAAACAGCAUUUGCUCCUUCAAUUAUCUCAGACGUACCGGCACCGGAUGAUACCAACAAAGAAAAUAGGCGUCCACCUGAAUCUCCUCAACCUGGUCCGUCUGGAAUGGCAUCCAACAAGUCUGGCAAAUUUUCCUAUUCCAAUGUUUACUCUUCUGACUCGGAUUCGACUGAUGACUAUAUCCCUCUUGCUGAAUUAAAGAGACGAACAACAAAAGUCACUUCUUUUAAUGAGGUUUUGCCCACACCAGUAAAAACUAAUGAAAAACCUAAAAAAAAUCGAAAAAAAGCUCUAAACUACAAAGGAACUCCAGUCACUAGAGAUCUUUUUACCGAGGAGAACAAAAGUCGUGCCAAAUUGAAUAAAGAUAUUGAAAGCUCCAGGGAAAAGUUAAGUACCGAAUGGUAUUGCCAUGGAUGUAUGGAAGACAGGCAGGCCGAUAUGAGGCAGUGCAGCAAAUUUCUUAAAUGGUACCAUGAGGAAUGUGUUGGCUUAACAGUCAAUGACAUGGAUGAUUUUGAGUGUCCCGAUGGCUGCUAAACUUCGCCCAAUUAACGAGUUGUGUCAUUUUUAUGUAUAGGCUUUAUUAAACCUUCAUCGGAUAAUAAGGCCGAUUUGCGUUAUUUUUCUUAAUAUUUAUUUUUUCUUUUCUAGUUUUUUUUUUAAGUUUGUUAAAAUUAAUAUAACCAUAUAAGCACUUUGGUGUAUUAAACUAAAUAUUAACAU